GAGAGAGAAGGAGAGAGAGGAGAGAGAGAGAGAGAGCCCCGGUGCUUUACAGUUGCAUGUGGAGACAAGCCGAGGAGGAGGCUGUUGAAGUUCCGAGAUGCUGAAAAUAGCGCUUUGGACGCUAACUCACCUCCUGCUCCUAGAUGCGGUGGAAAGGACGCCGAGGCUGAAACUUAAACUGAAAGAUCUGCCCCUUGCGGAGUUCGAUGCUCCGCAGAAGUUUACAGUUCAUUUCCACGACCAGAGGUCGGAUUCACUCUACAUUGGAGCAACCGACAGUGUGCUGUUCCUCUCCUUCAGUGAAUUCAACGUCUCUCAGACACUGAUUCCAUUAUCUCUGGAUGAUAACACAAAGGAUAGCUGCAAGAGCAAAGGAACCCCGAACCCGGACUUCUGUAAGAACGUGAUCACUGUGAUACAGAGGCUGAACAGCAGCACCAUUAUCCUUUGCGGGACCCACGCUGGAAGCCCCACCUGCUGGUUUUUGAACGGAACUCAGCUAGCAAGCGACAAGGAGGGGCAUAAGCUUAUGAAGGACGGGAAGGGGAUCUCGCCUCCAUCACCAUUUCAACGUCCCGUCACCAUCGCAGUUGAGGGGAAUGUGUACUCCGCGAUUACUGACACCACCCUUGGCAGUGGUGCAAUUCAUCGCAGUUAUGGAAGGUUAAAGAACUUGAGGACUGAAGACAAGUGGCUUCAGAAUCCGAGGUUCGUGGGGUCGUCAUGGAUCAAACUGAAGGACAGCAGCAAGGAUGAGAUUUACUUUUUCUUCAGUGAGACUGACAGCAGUGUUGUUCUGAAUGGGGAGCCCUUCAAGUCCCGCAUUGGGCGUGUGUGUAAGGUCGAUGAAGGAGCAACAAAGGCUGCUCAGGACUCAUGGACGACCUUCUUGAAGGCCCGACUGAUCUGUGGCUUCCCAAAAGAAUUGAGGUAUUUCAACAAGAUUGUAGAUGCCUUUGUCCUCCCUGUGGAAGAUGACCCCAGGAAGAGUAUAGUGUACGGAAUCUUCUCCAGCCUGUGGAACUGCACUGCAGUCUGUGCCUAUUCGCAAGCGGAUAUAGACCGGGCGUUUAAAACCUCCAAACUGAAAGGUUUCACCGGCAGCCUGCCAGCGAAUCCAAGGCCAGGAACGUGUACCAGAAGCAACGUGCCUAAGAAUGUUGUGGCAGUGAUCAGGAACCACCCAGAGAUUGAGGAGCCCAUUUACCCCAUCAAGGAACAACCUCUCUACUUCAUAAAGCACAGCAACUACACCAGGGUCACCGCUGACAGAGUCAAGGGUGCCAACCAGAACUUCUACCCGGUCUUGUUUCUCGGCAUGGGAAACGGGAAGAUCCAUAAAGUUUUGCACAGCGACGGGAAGUCCUUCAUUAUUUCUGAGCUCAGCCCCUUCAAGAAUGAAGCUCCCAUCUCCGCCAUGACCCUGGACUCCAGCACGGGCCAGCUGUUUGUCGGGACCCCGCUGGAGACUGUCCAACUCCCUCUAGCAGACUGCGAGGGGUACGGGAGCACCUGUCAGCCGUGUGUCGCUGCCAGAGACCCGUACUGUGGCUGGGAUCAAGACAAUGGGAAAUGCGUGUCCGUCUCUCAAGCUCUGAACAGUAGUGACAGCAUGAUCCUCCAGAGUGUCGAGCAGCUCAACGUCUCCCUUUGUGAUGACGGACAAGAUGUUCAGUCAUUUGACAAGCGGUCUGAAGUGUUAACCGUGGAUUCAGGUGUCUACCUCUACCUGCCUUGUCCGGUGAAGUCGUACCACGCAGUGUACUCGUGGAGCUACAACCAGAAGGAUCAGUAUAACUGCACCGUCAGGGAUGGCUCCUGCUCUCUGUUCUUCAACGAGCAGCUCCCAACAAGUGAGGGGCUCUUUGAGUGCCUAGCCAGUGAGGAUGGACUGAAGGAGGUUGUCGCUGUCUAUACUGUCAGAGUGAACGCUGGAAGCUCACCAGAACUGGCGUCCACUGCUGUCAUUUUUGGCCUGGUUGCUGUUUACAUCCUGAUGUGA